CGUGCCUAUGCUCGAACGUAUUUCUUCCUUCUGUGCUCCCCCCUGUGGCCCCCAGGGCUCGUUCACUCUGGUGCGCGACCGCUUCAAGAGCUUCCAGAAGCGAGGGAUGAUUGAGACGCACGGCCCCACCAUUAAGCAGUCGCUAUCAAGGAAAAGGAGAGUUGUGGAGCAGGGGAGCCAGGGGGCGAGGGAGAGGGAGAUGCAUGCCGAGAUUCAAGCGAUGCGAGCAGCAAGGCAGGAGACGAAGAAGGCUGCUGCAAAAGAGGCCAUGGCAUCGAGUAACUUGGAAUUGUGAUCAUGUUUGAGUGUUUCGAGGCGCCUUAGAAGGAGAGAUUGGCCUUGCAAUGCAAGCGUAGAGUCGAGGCAGGAUUGUGAUACGCAACCUUUUCUGGCACCUAGAAACGGAGAUGUAAGCAAGUGCAAUGAAUACGCAUGGAUUUUUGCUCGCUUGCAAUGCAUGGUCUCAUUU